CUGAGAGCAGGCGAGCGCGUAAUCAGCACUGCCUACAGACUAGUUCGCGGCAACACUCUCCAAAAUUGACGCCUGGACCGACAAAAGUGCUCGAUUGGACUUUGUCGGGAAUGAAACGCUUCAUUCUAGCUAUAAUGUUGUUGGUUAGACGCUGAGUGCGAGAAUUACAUAGCAAAGCGAUCCUCGGUGCGGGUCAAGCACAUCUCAACCCGACCAACUGAAAAAGGAGGAGGAGAGGCCAAAAAAGACAACUGCAACUGGAGGAAAAGUGUCUACGAUCUUCACGGAUUGCCACAACGUCGAAGAUUAUCGUGACAUGAUGGCCACGGAGGAACUGUACGAGGUGGAAAGAAUAAUGGGCAAACGCAAGAACAAAAAGGGCAAGACUGAGUACCUGGUUCACUGGCGAGGCUACAGCUUUGAGGGAGACACCUGGGAGCCUGAGGGUCACCUGUCCAGCUGCAUCGAGUUCAUCCAUGAGUUUAAUCGACAACACAGCGAAAAGCAGAAAGAUGGAACUUUGCUCCGAUCCACACGCAGCUCCCCGAGCACAGCCAACACUAGCAUCAAUGCCCGCAAGCAGAUCAGCAGACCUCAACACCCUUCAGCGAAUUCCAACACAGCCAAAACCUCCACGCCAACCCCAAACACACACCCCACAAAACGACCUCAGCCAGCACAGAAUUCACCCAACGACAGCGACUCGCCACAGCAGAAGAGAGGACGUUCGGCUGGUACGAGCAGCAUCACGGGUACAGUCACUGACACGGCCCCCACAGCAGCGCCAGCUGCUGCACCCACUGUGAGUGCUCUGCGCCGCAGUAUGGACCUGUCGAAAUCUGGCAUUAAAAUCCUGGUGCCAAAGAGCCCAAUGAACAGCCGCACAGACACUGAGGAGUCUCCCAGUGAAGCAGCUCAUAGUCUGGAGCAGUGCAGCCAAGAGCCAGAUGCUGUUCCUCCUGAAGUGGCCUUGCUGGAGAAACCUGCUGGAGCCAUGCGGGUGCCAGGAGAAGAGCGAGCCCGAAUGGGCACAAGGCCCAGAACACAAACGGCACUUCCACCACCACAGAUACCCAUUACACCAGCUGCCGUCCGCACAUUGAAUGGAAAAGGAGUGACUACUCUAAUGGAGGCCUCAUCUGCCAAUGGAACAGCCAUCACACAGAGUGCUGCAGCUGGAGUGAUGAGCAGCUCAGGACUGACAGGCAAAAGGCGUUUUGAGGAACGGGCAAAUUUUGACAAGCGCCUGCGUUUCAGUGUUCGACAAACUGAGAGUGCUUACCGCUACAGGGACAUAGUUGUUAAAAAACAGGACGGCUUUACACACAUUCUGUUUUCUACAAAGACCUCUGAGAACAAUUCGCUGAAUCCUGAUGUAAUGAAGGAGGUUCAGAGUGCCAUGGCCACAGCAGCAGCUGAUGAUAGUAAACUUGUCCUACUGAGCGGUGUUGGAAGCGUCUUCUGCUUUGGCCUUGACUUCAUCUACUUUAUUAGGCGGCUCACUGAUGAUAGGAAAAAAGAAAGCAUCAAAAUGGCGGAGACAAUCAGAACUUUCGUCAACACAUUCAUCCAGUUCAAGAAGCCCAUCAUUGCUGCUGUGAAUGGGCCUGCCAUUGGUCUUGGAGCAUCUAUCUUGCCCCUGUGCGAUGUAAUCUGGGCCAAUGAGAAAGCUUGGUUUCAGACUCCUUACACAACCUUUGGCCAAACCCCAGAUGCCUGCUCAUCUGUUACAUUCCCUCUCAUCAUGGGAGUCGCAUCGGCUAAUGAAAUGCUGUUGAGCGGGAGGAAGUUGACUGCUCAGGAAGCUUGUGCCAAAGGACUCGUUUCCCAGGUUCUGUGGCCCGGGACUUUCACACAGGAAGUCAUGGUUCGCAUUAAGGAGCUAGUAUCUUGUAACUCAGUUGUUCUGCGCGAGUCCAAAGCUCUGGUGAGGAACAUAAACCGAGCAGCUCUGGAGCAGGCCAACGAGAGAGAGUGUGAAGCCCUCAAGAGGGUGUGGGGCUCCUCUCAGGGCAUGGAUUCCAUCCUCAAAUAUCUCCAGAAGAAAAUUGAUGAAUUCUAACUCCUACGGGUCUCGAAACCUCCACCCUCAAGUGCCUAAUGCUAAAUAAACAAGGUUUGUCCAUGGCUACUUUUUUUAGUUGGAUUUCCCAAACAGGAAGACUAACCUGCACUUCUCCGUCGUCCAGGAUCGGUUUGCUUUUACCGAGCAUCUCAUUCUGCCACACUUGAUUAUGACGUUAAUGCAAAGUUUGAGAUAAGUCUUGCACAUCAUCGCAGAUGGACAAAAUUCCUGUCAUCCUCUGUUGUAUCAGGACUGAAGUCGCAAGUGGCUUUGGAUUGUUUUGACAGCCCUCUAUGCAGAAUGAUUGAGAAGAGCUGGAUCAAGGUAGUGUCAUUUAAAAAAACGAUGCAUGAGACUUGAAUGAGUUCCAUUUUGUGAUUGGUCUCUGUCUGGUUCUUGCUAAAUGAACAGGUUGGCAUUAGAAUCAGGUCUGCGAGUCUAACUUUUCUUUUGUAGGUACUUUUAUGGCAUGAACUAGAAGUCGUCUCAAGCCUUGAAUAUUCAGGUGAAUCUAGCAGACGUUCACGCCGAUCAGCCCUUUGUACUCUUUAUACGAGUAGACACAUUUAUCAAGAAGAUUAUCAAUGGAAAUGUCGCCAGUUCUUGGGGACUUAACAUGAUCUUAAAGAUAUAAGACCGUACACCCAGAAAUAAACUGUUUAAGGGACAGUUCACCCAAAAUGAAAAUCAUCAUUGUCAUCAUUUACUCAUCCUCCACUUAUUCCUGACCUGUUUUGGGUUUUCUUCUGUUAAUAAUGUUGGAAAAAGCCAUUGACUUUCAUUGAGUAUUGUUUGUUCAUACUAUGGUUCAUACUAUCAUCAAUGGCUGCUUUUAUCCAUCAUUCUUCAGAUCAUCUUUUGUGUUAAUCAAUAAAUGGUAAGGAAAUUUUUUUUUAGGUCAAUUACCCCUCUAAUUUACUCUGAGAACAUCCAAGAUGUUGGUUAUCCUAAGUAUAACCUUUUAGAAGUUUUUUACCUAACCUAUGGUCCUUGGUGAUUUUUAUAAAAUGUGAAUCCAUGGCUACUGGUAUUUUGAAAGUCAAAAACUGGUUGGCUGAAAUAAAUGAUACUUAAAAAAUUCUUAUGAAGUGAAACGAUCCGUUAGUGUAAGAAAGUGAACAGUAUUUACUGCCUUAUUACUUUUAAUCCACAUCCAUCUGCAAAUAAUCCUGAAUGCAUCCUCAAGUUUCCUGUCACGAUGUACGUGUGGGCACAAACUCAUGAGCUGUUUUCAGCAGAGGGUGGGCACUUAUGUUUUAUUGUUGUUUAAGAUAUUUGUAUUUAUUCUGUUUCACAGUUUGCUAAUGUUUGAUACACGCCAUUAACUGUCAUGAACUCAUAACCCAGAUUGUUCUGAACACACUCAAAAACGUUUGCAGAGUCUGUGGAUUAAAGUAACCACUUUUUUUGAAAAUAAGCUAAUUUUACAAGUUCCCUCGACUUAAACAGUUGAAUUUUACCAUUUUUGAAUCCAUUCAGCCAAUCUCUGGGUUUUGUAGCAGUUGUUUUAGCUUAUUUUAGCAUAAAUCAUUGAAUCAGAUUAGACCAUUCGCAUUUUGCACAAAAAAGAGUUUCGAUAGUUACCCUAUUUAAAGCUGGACUUUACUGUACUAAGACAGAUGGAAAAUGUAACGUUGAUAUUUUCAUGGUCAAUAAGGUUAGGAACUAUGCUCAGGGUACCGCAGCAAAGUUCCUUGAUUAGUAUGCAGGAAUAAGAGUAUAGUUCCUAGACAUAUCGGCCUAGAAAAUGGCUACUUUUAGUUUUUGUUCCACUAUUAGUACACAAUGUCAAGCUUUAAAUAGGAAAAUUAUACUUUUCUAUUUGUAAUUUUUCAUAUGUGUGAGUGUGUGUGUGUAUAUAUGUAUGUAUGUGUAAUAUAUAUUUUUUUAAUUUUUUUUAUUUAUUUAUUUUAUUUUAUUUUAUUUUUUUUUUUAAAUGACCGGGAUGCUAAUCCAAUUGUUCUAAUUCAAUUAAAUGAUUUAUGCUAAGCUAAAACUGCUCCUGCAAGACACGGAGAUUGGCUAAAUGGAUUCAAAAAUGGUCAAAUUCCACUGUUUAACUCUAAGUGACUUUUAAAAUAAGCUCAUUUCUAAAACAAUGUGGAGUGUUUCUUUGAGGAUAAUAACGCUGUAAAUAAUGUUCUGUUUUUGUACAGACUGAUCACUUUUGUAAUGCAUCAUCAGGAGUCAUCGGUAUAAAUUUAGUUUUGCUGUUUUGUUUUGCUUUACUCUGCUGCAUUUGAGUUACCAAGAACCACAGUUCCAGCUAGAAAUCUUCCUUAUUGUUCUAAUGAGUAAAAUUGCCACCUUCAUCUUGAGUAAAUGAACAGGAGAUUUUUUUUGGGUGAACUAUUCCUUUAAACCAGUGGUUCUCAAUUGCGGUCUUCAGGCUCAUUUUGUAUGAGGGCACACCUGAUUCAGAUCAACUUUUAACAGGGAGAUCCAUGAAAUGAUCUUUGUGUUUCACAUAAGAGACAUACAAAAUGUGCCGGUCGGCGAGACCCCGAGGACCAGAAUUGAGCCCCACUAAUGCAUCAAAGGCCAAAAGCACAUACAUUUUUUGGACUGUUUAAUAAUGAUGUCAAGACAAAAUCAAUACUCAAGUAUGUGGACGAGGCCUUGGCUUAUUAGGAAUUAACAGUUAUUUGUAUCAAAGUUCACUUUUGUACAUUUUGCCAGCUUCAUUUUAAACCUUUUUUUUCUGCGGUGUUUAUUUGUAUGUUCUCAUACAAACUGUUUGCUUUUGGAGUAACAUUAUACCACCAAAUAAUUUUGAUGUACAUGUUUGUUGACAAAUUUUUCUAAUUUAAUAACUUAUGAAAUUGAAGGAGGGACGUUCCUCAUUAGUCAAUAAAGGAUGCUGGCAUUUUAAAUCUGCAUCCUUACGUUUUUUUUUUCUUCUUCUGCUGGUUCAAACUGACUGGACUGCUGUAUUAUCAGAAAGAAUCUCUAAUAGAAGAUCUACUGAAAUCUUCCACAAAUGCCUGUAGUUACUAGCUAGUGUGCACUGUUAGUCAAUGGAAUACAAUGUUUUAUAAUGUGGGUGAGAAUAGAGUAGGUUAAAGAAAAUGGCUUAGGCAAAACUAUUGAACGUGACCGAUUCCUGCAGAAAUAUUAAGGCCCUACCUCGCAAAAUUGUAGGGGUUUUUAGCUAUGAAGCGUGUGUGGUUUGAACCCCAAUUCCUUUUUAAUCUAUGUUCUGGUACAGAUACACUAUUGCUUUGUUCUGUUCCAAAAUAAUUGCUCUAAAUACUCCACAGAAACUCAAAAUUGAAGUGAGUAAUCAGUCCCAGCAGUGUAAAUGAUAUAUGUUAUUAAUUCUGUUCAGUAUUUAUUGACUAUAGAUUGAAUUUGCUGUAGUAGUUUCUAUAACAUGGAAUAACAGGUGGUUGUGUGUGUGUUUUUCCCCCUUUCCAAAUGGUUUUGUAAAAUGACUUGUUUUGUUUAUGGAAUUAUAUUUAUGAUAGUGCAAAUAGAUUUGUUUUCAUUUGUACUUAUUUGAAUGCUUUUGUUCAGUUGUUUUAAGACAUUUUUGCAGAACAAUGUGACAGGUCAUGUUUGAUUAUGAAGUGGAUUGUGACAUUAAUAAUGUCUUUGUUUUAACGUGUGUUUGUAAUGUAAACUCUGCUUCUCUGGCUUAUAACUGAUGUCAGUGAAGCUAGUUUGAUCUGUGAGGAUUAACCUAGACUGUCUGUUAACAACCCAGAAACAGAUUCCAAUUUACUCAAGCUCUGCAAUAAUAUCUGAAAUUCAUUGAAGUCUUUUUUUUGGUGUGUGUGUGCGCGAGCUCGGCCCUCUCUCUCUCUCUCUCUCUCUCUUAUGGAUGUCUUGGCAUAUUGGAAUUGUGUAGUGUAAUGUUCAACAUGGCUAUAUCAGAGGAAAUAUUGCUUUAUUCCAGUCACUUCACUGACAAAUAAAAACAAAAGAUCUAU